CAGAUUAUAUUGCUGGUUGGCACCAAGUUGCAAGUGAUCAUCGCAAAGAUGGGGCUAAGGAUUCAGGAUAAAAAUGAAAUUGUAAAGGGAGUUCCAGUGGUUGAGCCUGGUGAUGAUCUUUUCUGGUUCAACCGUCCGCGACUCAUUUUGUUUCUCGUUAGCUUUGUUCUAUUUCAAAAUGCAUUUGAAUUGGCCUUCUUCGCUUGGACUUGGUAUACAUUUGGAUUGAAGUCGUGUUUCCAUGAGCAUUUGGAGGAUAUCAUUAUCAGAUUCACAAUGGGCAUUAUUACACAGGUUCUGUGCAGCUAUGUUAUCCUUCCUCUCUAUGCCCUUGUAACACAGAUGGGUUCAAAUAUGAAACCAACCAUUUUCAAUGAGAACGUCGCAAGGGCAUUGAAAGGCUGGCAUCACAUGGCAAAGAAACGAAUAAAAGACCAUAACAAAAUUGAGAGCGCUUCCGUGACACCUACUUCAAGCCGUCCGGGAACACCUUCCCGGCACGGCAUGUCUCCGGUGCACCUCCUCCGCGGCCACGGCUUCUACCGAAGCGAGAUGGACGUGGCGAGUAGUACUCAAUCAAUUGGACACGAUAAACCCGAGUUCGACGACUUAAUUGAGCAUUGGGGACGCAGUGAUGAUAAUGGUGGUGGCACACAAUCCCCCCCACAUUUCUUUGCAAGCCAUGUUGAUGGAAGACAAUCACGAUAUGGACCAUCUUCUUCGGACAAUAUGAUUCAACAAGAUCAUGCUAAUGAUGAUGAAAAUGUUAAUGAUGAUCCCACCAACAUGUUGGAGCUGGUUCGUAUCCCUUUGCAGCAACAUGAAAUCAUCAAUAUUGAUGAACAAACAGAUUUUUCUUUUGUUAAGAGAUUGAACUAAAAUGAUGGAUGGAAAUUAUCUACAAUUUAUUAUAAAGAAUAUUAUCUCACUUGUACGUGAUCACGCUAUUUCCUCGCACAAAAACAAUAUUGGAGCAUACAAAUUUUGUGUAAAUUUUUAUGUUUAGGUCAUUUAAUUUUAUAUGCCUUAUGGUUUUAUGUUAAAGUACAUGUUUGGUAACUUCUACUUAUGUACCUUAUAUGGGGCCCUAUCACUCAUUUUUUACUAAGCCUGUAACUUUUUG